AUGGCUGGAGCUCGUCGACUACAAUUGGCCGUUUUGGCCCUGCUUGGUGGCGUGUCCGCCCUGCAGAUGCAGAUGCAAGUGCCCGAACAACAAGCACCGAUGAUCGCCGAUGAUGCGCCUAUCGUCGCAACAUCCUCGUCUACCGCGUCGUCGUCUUCCAAGAAGCCCUUGGUGGAAACCGAGGCUCUUCAGGAUACCAUCACCGCCGAUAACUUGCUUGCGCGCGCAAAGGCGCUCUACGAUAUCGCGAAGCUGGGAGAGGAAGAAUACAAUCAUCCUACGCGCGUCAUUGGCAGCGAUGGUCACCUUGGAACCUUGGAGUACAUCUACUUUGAGCUCGCGAAGCUGGGCGACUACUACAAGAUCUGGAAUCAGACUUUCCCCGCCGUCUCGGGCAAUGUUUUCGAGUCGCGCCUUGUUAUCGGCGAUCAAGUGCCAAAGUCGGCCUCUCCUAUGGCCCUAACCCCGCCUACAAAGAACAAGGAACCCGUGUACGGCGACCUCAUUUUCGUUGAGAACAAUGGAUGCGAUGCUUCGGACUACCCUUCCAAGGUGAAGGGCAACAUUGCCUUUAUCCGUCGCGGCACCUGCGCGUUCGGAGCGAAGAGUGAGCAGGCCGGCAAGGCUGGUGCUAUCGCUGCCGUCGUUUACAACUACGAAACCGAGACGGUUCACGGCACACUUGGAACCCCUUCCCCCGACCACAUUGCCACCUUUGGCCUGGGCGGCGACGACGCCAAGCCUAUUCUCGAGAAGCUGGGCAAGGGUGAGACCGUUGACUCUAUUGCCUACAUUGAUGCUGUUGUCAACACCAUUGAGACCACCAACAUCCUCGCCCAGACCAUUGAGGGCGACCAGGACAACUGUGUGAUGCUCGGUGGACACAGCGACAGCGUUGCUGAGGGACCUGGCAUCAACGAUGACGGCUCUGGCAGCUUGAGUCUCCUGGAAAUCGCCACCCAGCUGACCAAGUUCAGCGUCAACAACUGCGUUCGCUUCGCUUGGUGGGCCGGCGAGGAGGAGGGUCUUCUUGGCUCCGACUAUUACGUUGACGUCUUGCCCGAGGAGGAGAACCAGAAGAUUCGUCUCUUCAUGGACUACGACAUGCUCGGCAGCCCCAACUACGCGUACCAGGUCUACAAUGCUACCAACGCCGUCAACCCCACCGGCUCCGAGGAGCUACGUGACCUCUACGUGGAUUGGUACAAGGCUCACGGCCUUGCUUACACCUUUAUUCCCUUUGACGGCCGCAGCGAUUACGACGCAUUUAUCCGCAACGGUAUUCCCGGUGGUGGUAUCGCUACCGGCGCCGAGGGCGUCAAGACCAAGGAGGAAGCCAAGCAAUUCGGCGGCAAGGCCGGCGACUGGUACGACCCGUGCUACCAUCAGUUGUGCGACGAUGUUGGCAACGUCAACUUGACUGCUUGGGAGAUCAACACGAAGUUGGUUUCUCACUCCGUUGCCACCUACGCUGUGUCGUUCAAGGGCUUCCCCGAGCGCACCAAGGCGGCUGCCGCCUCUACGUACUCGAAGAAGACCAAGUACCAUGGCAGCAAGCUUUUCAUCUAG